UUUUAUUUUGAAAAGAUCAAGCGUAUCCGCCGGUCUCAUGUCGUUUUCGGAAUCGUCUUUGGUUGUCCCCAUGCUUUUGUGUAUUUUGUAACGCUAGAAAGACUUCUCAAAUGUUACACUUUAAUUACGUGUAAGCAAUUAUUUCAGUUUAGACCAGAGCUGCUGAACCAGCUUUUCACCCAGCCAUGAACAGACACUGGAGGACAUUUUCACACUGUAUCUUUAAAACUCAAACACAUCAUAUACUCUCAUCACCAUUUAGGAGCUUUUUGCCAUGGUUGCCAUUCCCAUCCACUGCACCCUCACGUACUAAUUCAAGUAGCAUUAAGAUGCGCUCAUACUUACAGUUCAUGAAAAGGAAAAUCAAAGGUGCACCAGCUCCUCCAUACAAUCACGUGUGCCAGGUUGGAGAUCCAGUGUUGCGUUCACAGGCUGCAAUUGUUGAACCUGAAGCUAUUCAGGGACCAGAAGUUCAGAAGAUCAUAAAGACCCUGGUUAAAGUCAUGAGAAAACUUGAGUGUGUUGGUUUAAGUGCACCCCAGAUUGGUGUUCCUUUGCGAAUAUUAGCCCUGGAGUAUCCAAAGAAAAUGCUGGAGGACAGUUCACAAGCUUCUAUUGAAGCUCGGGGUCUGGUGGCAUUCCCACUAAAGAUUUUUGUGAACCCACAAUUGCGUGUAUUGGAUGGACGCACUGUUGUGUUCCAGGAGGCUUGUGAGAGCAUCUGUGGGUACUCUGCAUCAGUUCCACGCUAUGUAUCUGUAGAGGUCACAGGUCUGAAUGAGAAAGCAGAGCCUGUUACCUGGCAAGCAAGUGGAUGGCCAGCCAGGAUACUACAGCAUGAAAUGGAUCAUCUCGAUGGAGUGCUAUAUAUUGAUCACAUGGACUGUAAAACAUUCAUUAAUGUCCACUGGGAAGAGUUUAAUGAAUAAAUCUUUCCAAACCUUGCACCUGAAUGUGACAAUACAUGAACAUAACCCUCAAAAACAGUAUUGAACUCACUCUUGAAUUAUAUAAAACUACCAUAAAACAACCAUGUGACCUUGUCUGUUAAAUCAAGGCUGAAGUUUCAUAAUUGAAUUAUAAGAUAUAAGCUAAGAUGCGUCAAAGUUUGAUUUCAAUCAUUGAUUCCAAUUUGACUUGGCCUUAACUCAGUCAAUAUUAAAAAUAUUUUCACGUUAUGUAGGAUGAUUUUAUGUAAAAAUAUUAUAUCAGCCUAUUGAUGUAUUCUAUUCCCUAUACCAGUGUUUCCUAACCAGAGGGUCGGGCCCCACAGGAAGGCCUCAAGAUGACUUAAAAUUAUUAAAAUUGGACAAAACAAGCAUUAAAAUAAAAUAUUUUUUUGUACAUUUUAGUAGCGAAUAAACAUCGGUCUAGUCAUUCCAAUCUCUAGUUAAUUUUAUGAAUGUGUGUGAAAUGGAGUGAGUGGGGAGCCUUCAAAUUUUGUUGGGGGUAACUAGGGGGCCUUGAAGUGAAAAAGUUUGGGAACCACUGACCUACAUGUAAGCCUGACACAAACCAUGGUUUGGCCAAUUUAUGGGACUUUCACUAGGACCAUCUAAAGUUUGAUUAUAUACAAUAUUAUAUAGACUUUAGCUGUUUUUUUUUUUACAGACUGGGUCACAUGCCAACAGAUUUUUUCUCUCAAAAUGUUUGUUUAUUGAUACCUACAAAGAAACACUUUUUUCUUACAAAUGGUAAAAUG